CAGUCCUUUAUUGGGGAGGUCAUUGGCACAAAAAUGCAAAAGACGAUCAAGGUCAGAGUAGCCAAGACGAGGAUACAUCCUGUGGUGCAGAAGCCUGUCGUAAUUCACAAAAACUUCCUAGCGCACGACGAAGAAUCCACAUGUGUCGUUGGCGACGUUGUCCGGAUAGAUUCGUGCAAUAAGCUCAGCAGACGCAAGUUCUUCACCCUGGGCGAGAUUGUGAAGCCCGCCGCUAGAUAUGUUGAUGAGGAAGGUGUACUGCACACGCAGAAGGCG